AUGGCUGGCCAUAAGGCGAGGCGAAUAGCAAAGGAGCUGGCAGAUAUCAAGGCCGACUCGCUUUCUAAGAUUCAUGCCGAGACAGUAGGAGACAGCCUGACGAAACUGAAAGGCUCGUUUUCUGGUCCGCCAGGCACUCCAUACGAAGGCGGCACAUACGAUGUCGACAUCACGAUACCUAACGAGUAUCCUUUCAAGCCGCCUGUCAUGAAGUUCACCACCAAGAUAUGGCAUCCCAACGUGAGCAGUCAGACGGGUGCUAUCUGUCUCGAUACUUUAACGACAGGUUGGUCUCCAGUUCUUACCAUAAAAUCCGCCAUGAUAUCCUUACAAUCUCUACUAUCCUCCCCUGAACCAAAAGAUCCGCAGGACGCCGUCGUCGCUCGUGAACUGAUCAAGAAUCCGGAACAAUUCAAUCGCACUGCCAAGGAAUGGGCUGUUCGCUUUGCAGGUGCACCCAAAUCGCUGAUAGGUGAAGGCAGUGGUGGAGCCACGGAGAAGUCUAUAGAAGAGGCUGAGAGAGAAGAAAGAGAGCGCGAGGAAAGAGCCAACUUGGCGGUUUAUGACGGAUACAACAAAGAACUUGUUGAUCAAUUUGGAAACAUGGGCUUUGACGUCCCAAGAGUCGUCGAGGCCUUCCAUUUCGUUGGUAUUGACCGGAAUGGAGGGCAGUUUUACGAGCUGGAGGAAGCCUACAUCGGCGACAUAACCGCACGUUUGUUUGGGGAGCCCUAG